AUGGAGUACACGGAAAUGAUUUUGGAGGAGUUCGGCGUUCCCGCGGAGUUCAUGUCGAAAGACGCGGUGCUUGCGUGCUUCUCUAUAGGUCGGACGACGGCGUCGCUGGUAGACGUGGGGGGGGGGACAGCGCGGAAGCGACACCGGUUUACGACGGGUGAGAAACAGCCUUAG